AUGAAUAGUUCUCAUGUAAAUAAAUUAGACAUAUUGCAGAAUAAGGCUUUAAGAAUAAUAUCUGGUGCUAUGUGCUCAACUCCCAUAAGGGCCAUGGAAGUUGAGACAAAAGUGAUGCCUUUGAUUUUGAGGCGGAUAUUACUUGCUGAAAGAUACUGUCUCAAACUAAUAGCAUCAAACAAUACUCAAGUAAUAAAUAAAAUUGUACCUUAUAUAGAUAGAACACCAAGAAGACCACCAUUAAUAACAGCACAAGGUCUAUUAUGUGGUAAUUCUCCAACACUGUCCGAUAUACUUCUGGAAAUAGACAAUAGCUUUUCUAAAAUCAGAAAACAGUUUCCAUGGCCAUGUUACUCUUUCUCUUAUCAAUGUAUUUCACAUCCAAUUAAUAUAGUUCAACAGACAAUAAACAAUAAUUCGGAAAUGCUUAAAUUUUUGGAGGAAAAUACAAUGUACUAUGUUAUCUACACUGAUGGGAGCAAAGCAAGUGAUUAUGUACACGCUGCUCUAUAUGAUCCACAAGCAAAAUUUUCUUCAAGUUUUAUUCUGCAUGAACCCUGCUCUAUAUUUACGGCAGAGGCAUAUGCAGUGUAUCAGGCAUUAAUGCGUAUUCGCGAAAUCAAUAACAUUAAAUAUUUUUUAAUAAUUUCUGAUUCCUUGAGUUUGAUAACAGCUUUAAGUACCCUCACAGUUAAAUACAAGUCUAAUUAUAUACUUUAUUUCAUUAAACAAAUAAUUCACCAAUACCAUAAUAAAAAUAUUCAAAUUUUCUUUCUAUGGGUGCCUUCCCACAAAGGUAUCUCUGGCAAUGAAAUGGCUGAUAAAACUGCAUAUGAAGGAGUUAAUGCUGUUGACGUUAGAAAUGCAAUGAAUGUUCCUAUGUCCGAUUACUUGCAAUGUAUUGACCAGAAUACUCAAAAGUUGUGGUUAGAAAUGUGGAAGAAAGAUCAAGAUACGAAAGGAAAAUGGUAUGGGAGCAUACAAGAAAGUUUACCUGCAAGACCUUGGUAUCAUCGUAUGCAAGAUGCUACUAGAGACUUUAUUACUAUCAUAAAUAGACUGCGUUUUGGUCAUAAUACUGCACCGUCACACCUUGCUCGACUCGGCAUUAUUGCGAAUAAAACCUGUCCACAUUGUAAUUCAAGUGAUGGAACUGUGGAACACAUUAUUUUCGAUUGUCAAAAAUUUUUGAUUGACAGACUAGUGUUGGCCAGUGAACUUAGUGAUGUUGAAAAUAAGUGUGAUUUAUUGUCCCGCCCGCCGCCAUUAAAACAAUUAUUACAAGACGAACGUACUUACAAGCACAUCUACAAAUACAUAAAGAAUACAAUUAAAACAAUUUAAUGGAAUGUGCUGCGUAUAUGAAUAAUAAGAGUUGACCUAAAGGUUGUAGAUACCAGGUCAUAAAAUCCCAAAAAAAAAAAA